CCUAUUCUCCAUGUUUCAGCUGGUAAAAUAUAAUCAUUACACCACAUAAUGUUAACGCCUCAUUAACAUGGGGGGUUCGUUAUCUGGAUCGUGCGUUUGUGGACGAAAUGUUGUCAAUAUUAAUGGGAAGAAAUAUUUCUUCCAAGAUAAUGUUGGGGAAGGUGGUUUCAGUUACGUUGAUUUAUUGGAAGAAGCAAAGUCCGGACAGUUUGUUGCGCUAAAGAGGAUUGUCUGCCACGAUAAGAAGGCGGAGAAUGAAGCGUUGCAGGAAGCCGAAUAUUGUCGGAUGUUUCAACACGAGAACAUUCUUCCGUUGAUCGAUCAUUGCUUGAAAUCCAAACCAAGAUUGUCAGAGGUUUGGUUAAUCUUUCCUUUCUAUAAGAGAGGAACCUUAUAUGAUGAAUAUCAAAGGUUGUCAUCCACCAACCAACACAUACCAAGUAAACGCGUGUUAAAGUUAUUUCAUGGGAUUUGUAAAGCUGUGGAAGUGUUUCAUCAACAUCAACCUGUAGCUGUUGCUCACAGAGACAUUAAGCCAGCCAAUGUUUUAUUAUCUAAUGAAGACACUCCAAUAAUAAUGGACCUUGGAUCUGUAGCUCCUGCUAAAGUGGAAAUCAAGAGUUUUAAAGAUGCUCAAGCACUGCAGGACCUCGCAGCAGAGAGAUGCACGAUGCCGUUUCGAGCACCUGAGUUGUUUCAAGUUCCAAUUCAUUCAACCAUUGAUGAGAAAGUUGAUAUUUGGUCACUAGGAUGCGUCCUAUACAGCCUAAUGUACUUGGAAGGCCCAUUUGAUCAAGUAUGGCUGAAGAAAGAUUCCGUGGCGCUUGCUGUCCAAAACAAGAACUUGCAUUUCCCUAACAAUGACAAGUAUUCCCCUGAACUAAAACAGCUCGUUCGAACUUUGAUGGAAGUUGAGCCAACGAAACGGCCGAACGUAAUGUGGACGAUCGAUCAAAUUGAACAACUUUUAUCAAACGAAUCACUUGUUGUUUGACAGCGAGGUUCGUUACGGACCAACACCACCAUACAUGCAUAUAUAGUAGUUAGGGGUGCCUGAGGUAAAAUUUUAAUCAACGUUUGAAACAGGGGUGACAUCAUAUGUUUUAGCAACAUGAUUUUAGGCUUAAAAUAGCAUUUUACCCUGCUGUUAG